AGCAGCAAACGUGCGAGCGAGCGAGCCUCCUCCGUCCGUUGGGAGAGAAGAAAAUAAACCCACUGCUGCUAAAGCGAGCUAGUUAUGGAAUCACACACUAAAUGCCGAUUUUGGCAUCGGUGACUCGGCAAGAGGUGCUUUCUCUGCAUGCUGCGUCUCUAACUGGGAGAGAAGCUCUGGAGCUCAAUGGAUUUGUAGACCCCCCCCCCUUUUUUUAAAAGUCAACUUGAAGAAGCUAGCCAGGAGUGGAUUUCGUUAGCUAUUCUGUGAGCUAGCUAAUUGGGCUAACCCAAGCUAGCAGAGGAGCACUGGGUAAACUUCGGCUGGACUGACUGCUGCGAGUGGGAUAGCAGCCUGCUAGCUGACUGGCAAACAUUCGCCUGGCUUUUAUCCUUCAGAUGGGCGUAUAUUGUUACUUACUGAACGCUAUCGCCUCGGAGCUUGAGGCCGAUAACUGGGUGCAAAUGUUGUUUUUGUGGCUUGCGCCAUCACGUUAUUGAUUUGGAUUUCCACUGGCAAGCUAGCGGGUUAUUAGCCACCUCUGUCGCCACUCCGCUUUGUGGGUGCAGGCCAUGGACUGAGAGGCAUUCAUCACUGACCGAGUGAUGAGUAGGCUGGCUUGAUGGCAGCUAAUCAUAUAUUGGGAGGCGGUAAUUGGAUACAACUAAAGAGACAAAAGGAGCGUCUGAUUUGAACUGUCUUGUAACACAACAACAAUUAAAACCCUCCUCGGCCAUUUUUUUUGAUAAUGCAUCGGAGUGCGGGACCAUUUUCGAAGUUGGGAUAGAAGAGACGCACAAGAAAACAACGGGAUUAGCGCUCCACUGCUGAUAAAGUUCUCAAAGAAACAAUCCGGGUGACUUUGAAUAAGAGGUGAAAUACAAUGUCUGCCGCAAAAGAAAAUUCCUGUAGGAAAUUCCAGGCGAACAUCUUUAACAAGAGUAAAUGUCAGAACUGCUUCAAACCACGGGAGUUGCAUCUCUUAACCGACCAGGAUUUAACCCAGGCUAAACCUAUUUAUGGUGGAUGGCUGUGCUUGGCCCCUGAGGGAACUGACUUUGACAAUCCUAUGCAGAGAUCCCGGAAGUGGCAGCGGAGAUUCUUUGUGCUGUAUGAACAUGGCUGCCUGCGCUUCGCACUGGAUGAAUCGCCAAGCACGCUGCCCCAGGGCACGGUGAACAUGAACCUAUGUACAGACGUCAUUGAUGCUGAGCCCAAGACGGGCCAGAAGAACGCCCUGUGCAUCAUCACCCCAGACCAAGAGUACUUCAUCAGAGGAGAGAAUAAAGAGAUCAUCAAUGGGUGGAGUGAGCAACUGGUGGUGUACCCCAGGACCAACAAGCAGAACCAGAAGAAGAAACGCAAGGUGGAGCCUACAACCUCUCAGGAGCCAGGUCCAGCCAAGGUAGCGGUGACGGGCUCUGGAAUCCCCGAGGCAGAGAAGGUUCCAGACUCCAGUUCCAUCAUCUGGCAGGAGGAACUGAACCAGAGGGAAGCCGAGGGGGCAGCCGUCUGGUCUGCUGCUGACCUGCCCCCUCUGGGAUCACCACUGCCCCCAGCAGGUGACUGUGCCUCUGUAGGCCAGGGCUCUGACGCCGGCUCUGUGAAUGGUGACGAGGUGGACCGGGGUGGCCCGGCAGCACUCCAUGGCUCAGCGCCCCAGCCACCUGGUGACCUGCUCUCCCCAACGGGCUCCUGCUCCAGCCUUGGAGGCGUCCCGCGCUGCCUCUCCCCGGCACCUAGUGACCCCUUCCCCUCUGGCAGCUCCCUGCUCUCCAAUGGCUCUCACAUCAGCGGCUCGGUCAGCUCACUGGACUCAGACGCCAGCGGCAGCACGGUGACCAGCACCGACAGCCACCCGGCCACCCACCGGGGCAGCUACCCCCACGGCCACCACGACACGCCGCGCUCCAGACGCCAGGAGGCCGAGGCCAGGAAGGCUGAGAGGAGGAGCCGGUUGAGGAGCCCCAACAGGCAAGAGAGGGAGGCCGUCCUCAGCCCCGAGAGGAGUCGCUCUGGUGUGAUUGAAAAGUUGGAGGCCUUGGAGCUGGAGAACGCUGAGCGGAUGGAGGUGGAGGAGGCAGGGAGGAGUGGAGCCAGACAGGGCCGCAGCGAGCACCGUCGCUUCCACAGAGAGGACCAGAGGCAUGACCUGGAUCAGGGUCUGGACUUCCCCUCCACCCUGCCCCCACUGAGGAGAGCCAAGUCCCUGGACCGACGGACCACUGACUCAGUCAUGACGCCGGAUUUGCUUAACUUCAAGAAAGGCUGGAUGGUGAAGCUCGAUGACCAAGGACAGUGGAAGAAAUAUUGGUUUGUGCUGACAGAUCACAGCCUGCGAUACUACAAGGACUCCAUCGCUGAGGAGGCUUCCGACUUGGAUGGUGAGAUUGAUCUGUCCACUUGUUACAAUGUAACUGAAUACCAGGCUCAACGCAACUAUGGUUUCCAAAUACACACCCAGGAGGGAGUACACACUCUGUCAGCCAUGACAGCAGGUAUACGCAGGAACUGGAUUCAGGCAGUCAUGAAGAAUGUCAGACCCUCCACUGCCCCUGAUGUUGCAAGCUCGACUGACGAUCAUGGCUCUUUCUCUCCUCUGGAGGGUCUGGUUAGGCCAGAUGUGACCCAGGACUCUCCUUCCUCCGAAGCAUCAUCUGUGGAAAGAGAUUCUGCCCCGGGCCUCAAAAAGAGCCGUGCACGGGAACGUAGAAGGGAAGGCCGCUCUAAGACCUUUGACUGGGCCGAGUUCAGGCCCAUUGCCCAGGCCAUGGCUCAGCAACGAGCCCAGGAGGCUGAGGGCCUGCAGGCAAACCUAGGAGAGCUCGAGCGGAGUCGGAGAAGGGAGGAGAGGCGGAAGAGGUACGAGUCUGUGACAGGCACAUCGGUGGAGUCUCCGCUGAUCGCAGAGAUAGGCAGGAUGGACUAUGAGAGUGGAGAGGGAGAUGGACACACAGGGCUUGACUCAGGAGGUCCUCUAUCUUUGGAGAGGCAGCAGAGGGUAGAGGAAGUGAUAGAACAACACUGGCAACAAGUGGAGAACACUCCCAUACGAGAAGAAAGGAGAGUGCCCCUGCCUUCAACAGUGCACUCCCGAGAGACGGCAGAACUAGAGAAAUUAUUGGAAAGUUACAAGAAAGGGGUAGAAGACCUGAAGACGCAGUUGGAGAGCUGUCACCAGCAGCUUGUCGAUUCCAACCAGCAGAAGCAGGAGCUGGAAUUCCAACUGAGAACCGCGCUGGAGAGAGAGCAGGACAUCCGGACGGGUUACAUCUCUCCGCUGGAGCACCCUAUGGGUCUGGAGGCUGAUGUGACGCCCCAGACGAAGAGGCCAGAACUGGUUAGUUCUCAAGCACAGAGCUUAACAAAGAAGUACCAGGAGACCAAAGAGCUCCUGCAGCUGCAAGAGCUGAAAAAGCGCAAUAUGCAGGCACAGCUUGGCCUCUCGCUUUCUCACCUCUCCACCGAGGAACCUUACUUUUCCGAACCCCAAAAAACAUCCAUUGUGGAAAACCCUCCCCCAGAACCGGUCCAAAAGACAGUUAGCUUCUUGCUCCAGGAUAGCUCAGAGCGGAUUCAAGAGCUAGAGGACUUGAUCAUUGGUAAACCUCUGACUCUCAGGGAGCUGAUGAAAUUGUUGAGAACACAUAGCUGUAAUCAAGAGAUAGCAGAAAAGGGUCAGUUUCAGAAGCUCUUGGAGACCUGGAAAUAUCAACAGGAGGUAGAAAAUGAAACCAUAAAAAAGAGCUUAGCCAGAGCAGGAGAAAGCAUCCGUGAUUAUGAAGCCCGUCUACUAACCAUGGAGGAUAUGGUGGGGAAAGUUCAGAUGCAAAAUCUUGAAAGCCUUAAGAACCCUUAUGGCCCUCUCUCAAAGAUUGAAAACCAUUCAGAAACAAAUGAAAUGAAUAUUGGACUCCUCUCACAGAGGGUUGAAUUGUUAACCAGUGAAAAUGGUGCACUGAAUCAGCGAUGUCAGGAGAUAGUUAACCAGUUGACUGAGGCUGACAGAGAAAUAGACAGACUGAAAGCAGAGUUGAUUAACCUACAGAGUGGCAAACAGCACAGUGUAGCUGUGGAGGAACUGAACAGAUUGAAGGCUGAACUGGCUGAGAACCAGGCAAAUGCCAUUGACAGAGAGUAUUAUGAGAGGGAGCUGAAUGAGAAAUCCCUGAGGCUUCACGAAGCUCUGGUGACCUUGGAGGAGCUUGGAAACACCCUAAAGGACACUGAAAAGAAACUGCAGUUGAAAGAGGCCACACUGAAAGGUCUGGGAUUCCAAGUGGCAUCUUGCGAGGAUAAUGAGUCACAACAGGAGAAAGAGCAACUCAGAGAGCUUCUUGAAGCGUCACAAGCAAAGUUAUAUGAGAGAGAGGCAAACUUACAGUCUAGAGAGCAGCGCUGUUUGGAACUUGAAGCCGAGAACAGUGAACUAAUCGCUUGCAAUGAGGAGUCUGAGAGAGUCAGUAGUCAGAAGUUAAAAGAAGCAGAAAAUGAAAUAAGAAUGUUACGAGAGAGGUUGGAGGUAGAAAUGAAAGCAGGUAGGGUUGAAAAGAGAGUGCAUGCGGAUGGAGGGUUGAUUCAGUUAUGUGAGAAGCAGGUUGCUGAUGAAGGGCUUAUUGAGCAAGUAGUAGAGGAGAUUGAGAUGAAGUCUGAGGCGCUUAAUCAGGUAUUAGAGAUGUUAACAAAGAUAGAUGUUAAUGUAGAGAAAACACUCAGCAAUUUAAAAAGCACUUUACUUGUCCCAGAUUACCUUGGUUCUUCCAAAGAGGACCCUCUCUGUGUUAGUCAGAAAGACAUGGACACGUUGAUAUUGGAGGGAGAGUUCUGGAGCCAACUGCUGAGUACUGCUGAAAUGAGGCCACAGGAAAAUAAAGGAGAAAGUUGUGAAAGGCGUUUGGCAGAACACAUGAUGGCAGAGAAGAGCAUGAUGCUUUUGAUUAGAGGGAUUUGUCCUCGAGCAAAAGUUGAAGUUGAUAGUGAGAUGGUAGUGACGGAGCCAGACCUUUCAAGAAUGUAUAGUUGGCCUGAUAAUCAAACAAAUACUCUAAUUCUAAAAGACUUGACAGAAACUUUGGAAGCAAAGGUGUAUUUUUUGAAGCAAACUGUCUCCACUCUGAAGUUGUCAAAACAUGAAAAGCUCCUGUCCUUGGCUCAGUUGACCUUUCAUUCUGCCAAUGAACAAAAACAGAGACUUGAAUACCUUCUUGAAGCCCUUAGAGAAGCUUGCAUGUCUUAUGUCAUCAUCAGGCAAAAAUUCCAACAUGAGAAAGAGCUGACACAAAAGCAGGCAGAAAUUCAGGCUGGUAGCUCAGGUUGUGUAAACUGUUCAAAAUUGAGAGACCUUAACAGAGAUCUCCAAACCAAACUGGCAGAUCUUCAGAAUCAGUUAUCUGGAGUGCAACUGAGAAAUGACAGGCCACAGACUUUCAUUCAGAUUGAUGGAGAGCCUAUAGAUUCAUUGGAUAAAACGAUUGAGCUUCAAGACAUGAUAGCAAGGCACAGGAAGGAGCUUCGGGAGGUCAGAGAUGUAUAUGAGCAGGAAGCAGAAAAGCUGAGGCAGGAAGUCGCCAAGGCAAGUGAGACACUGCGACUCCGUUCAGAAGAGAACGUUAAAGAAAUAGACUCCCUGACUAUCUGUAUGGAGAACCUGAAGAAGAAGCAUGAGAUGGAAAGGAACAUUCUCACAGAGAAGUUUUACCGGGAGAUGGAAGAACUGAGGAAUGUUGUGACUAGAGCGAGCCCAGACAGAAACUCGUCAGACGAGGCCAAGGACAGACAAGCACCUCCUGCUUCGUCACCAACGUCUAACCUCAAGGAGCGCAUUCAAGAGUUGGUGACCCAAGUCUCAGUCAUGACUGAAGAGAUGAGGCGGCGAGAAGAACAGGGCGAUGUAACAACUCUACGGCUGAAAUACGAGAAAGACCUGGAAAAUCUGAAGGCCACCUGUGAGAGGGGCUUUGCUGCCAUGGAGGAGUCCCACCAAAAGGUGAUAGACGAGCUGCAGCGGAAACACCAGAGAGAGUUGGAGAACCUACAGGAGGAGAAGGAGCGACUGCUGGCAGAGGAGACGGCAGCCACCAUCGCUGCAAUUGAAGCGAUGAAAAACGCCCACCGGACAGAGUUGGAGAAAGAGCUGGACAAAGCUCGCAAGGCCAACAACAACGCAGAGAACGCUGACAUAGAGGAGAUUCGCAGACAGCAUGAGGAGGAGCUGUGUUCAUUCCAGCGGGAGAUUGAGGUGUUGUCGGAGCAGUAUUCCCAGAAGUGCCUGGAAAACGCCCACCUGGCCCAGGCGCUGGAGGCCGAGAGGCAGGCCCUCAGGCAGUGUCAGAGAGAGAACCAAGAGCUUAACGCACACAACCAGGAGCUAAACAACCGUCUGGCAGCAGAGAUCACCAAGAUGCGCUCCAUGACCAGUGAGGAUGGAGGUGGAGACCCAAGCGCCACGAUACAGGGCAAAGAGCUAUAUGAGUUAGAGGUGAUGCUGAGGGUGAAGGAGUCUGAAGUCCAGUACCUGAAGCAGGAAAUCAACUCCCUGAAAGAUGAACUCCAGGCAGCCCAAAGAGAUAAGAAAUACGCAACAGAUAAGUACAAGGACAUCUACACAGAGCUGAGCAUCGUCAAGGCCAAAGCGGAGCGGGAUCUGGGCCGGCUUAGAGACCAGCUGCAGCUGGCUCAUGAGGCGCUGGGGGAGCCCUCACUGGAGGAGGUGGAACGAGGAGGAUAUGAUAUCAUGAAGUCCAAAAGCAACCCAGACAUCCUCAAGAUGGCAGCUGCUGCAGCUAAACGCUCAGAGCGCACCAUGAGGUCAAAGAGCCUAAAGGAAGGGCUGACAGCCGAGCAGAGACUCCACCUGUUUGAAAAUAAAGACACCAAGGAGUUCUGAUAGUGACGUGUCAUGUCCUCCUACCUUGCUGCAUGUUUAGAGGCCCACUAUAUUUUAGCUCUGUAAUGACUUAUUUAGUAACACUACACACUGGUCACAAAACACACGUCGUAUAUUAUUAAAAAAAAAAUCAUGGUAUGAAGUUUGAAUUUCAUGUCUAUAGAGUUUGCAUUCCAUGCACUUCAGUUACUGUGACUUUUUUUGUACUUUUUUUUUUGUUGUUGUUGCCAUGUCUUACUGUAAAUACUCUGUACUGUUUUUAAUUGAGCAUCUUGCAUACACUAAAACCAUGACUGUGUAAGCUACUGUUUUAACUCUGUAGAUUGUGUUACUAGCCAAAGGAAUAAGUGUGAUGUUUAAUGGCUAAACACAACUACAUAUUGAUGAUUGAAUAAUACUUGCAUAACCAAUCAUGAGAACAAGCGCCCUCAGGCCUGCACGUUAUGCUAGGUGUGGUCAGUACGCACAUAUUGAAUCUCCCCACCACUCCGUUAUCAUUUCAGCACAGAUGGAAGUCUUGCUCAAUAAACAAGCUCUGGAACAAAAGUGUUCUCCUGCAUUAUUAUACACUAUCUGCUAUGUUGCUUCAUCGCCUGGCUUGUCAGCUUCUAAACGGUGAUUAACAUCAUAGAUGUUCUCUGAAAUCCUCGGAUCAAUCUGGGAUUACCAAUGGAAAGGCAACUGCUGAAUGCAUAUGGAUGGGAUCACUGAUUAUAAUAUAAAUAUAUAUAUGAAAAUUUAUAUAGAUUUUUUUUUUCCUCACUGCAAUCAUUGGUCCAACUGUAUAGGAGUUGAUGGAGUUGGUUAUGUUUGUAGUCUUGUUCAGUGGCAGUUCCUUUGUAUUUAUUUAAAUGUUUUGGAUUUUUGUCCCACAUUCUCAUUCCUCUGUACUCUUACUGUAAAUAUAAAGCAAAUAUACACCAACUGCCUACAGGUUUAUUAGCAAUAAAUAUUUUUGCACCCUG